AUGCUUCGGAGAAUUUCACUGGGACCGAGGCGGACAUUCGCAACAGCCCCAUUGUCUGGGCUUUUGGGAAGAGCUAAAGCCGCGGCUCAGGCCUUGUCGACGAAUUGGCAGGGCACAACUGCAGACGGUGGUAGUACUAAGAACUACAUUAAUGGGCAGUUUGUCGAGAGCUCAACAUCCAAGUGGCUCGAGAUUCAUGAUCCGUCGACUCAAACACUUCUGACAAGGGUCCCAGAGACCACAGCUGAGGAAUUCAAUGCGGCCACAGAUGCUGCAUCGGAAGCCUUUAAAUCCUGGAGUAAGGCGAGCUUACUGACCAAACAGAAAUUCUUGCUGGAUUUCCAGGCUGAGAUUCGUAAAAAUUCGGACGCUAUUGCGGAGAGCAUGACACUUGAGCAAGGGAAAACUCUUACUGAUGCGCACGGCGACCUCCACCGUGGGCUUCAAGUAGUCCAGGCGGCCGCAGCUGUCACUACUACACUAAUGGGGGAGAAACUUGAGGUGAGCAAGGACAUGGACACUGAAAUGCGAAGAUUACCACUAGGCGUAUGCGGAGUUAUGAUUCCAUUAUGGAGUAUACCCUAUGCAACUGCCACUGGAAACACCGUCGUCAUAAAGCCAUCUGAACGUGCUACAGGUGCCACCAUGAUCCUAGCCGACUCCAUGUGCCUGCCACCAGGUGUGCUAAACAUUGUGCACGGAACUGUGCCCACUGUCAAUGCGAUCUGCGACCACCCCGCUAUCCGCGCCAUCAGCUUUGUAGGAGGCGACAAGGCCGGGAAGCAUAUAUAUGAUAGAGGAACGAAAAAUGGCAAGCGAGUGCAAGCGAACUUAGGGGCCAAGAAUCAUGGUGUUAUCUUGCCAGAUGCGAACAAGAAUCUUGCCCUUAAUUCCUUGGUUGGCGCUGCUUUUGGAGCUGCUGGCCAAAGGUGCAUGGCACUCUCCGUUGCUGUCUUUGUGGGUCCGGCGAAAUCAUGGCUUCCCGAACUCGUUGAACGAGCCAAGCUCUCAAACGGACCACUCAUUUCUCCAUUCGCAAAAGAACGCGUGUCGCGCUUGAUUGGUAGUGUUGAGAAAGAGGGUGGAACAAUACACCUUGAUGGACGCAACAUCGUCGUUCCCGGCUACGAGAAAGGCAACUUUGUCGGCCCCACAGUUCUCGAAGGUCUUACCACAAUGGAGGCUUAUAAAACGGAGAUAUUUGGGCCUGCGCUAUUCUGUCUGACGGCUGACACGUUGGAUGAAGCUAUCUCUAUCAUCAAUGAAAAUCCCUAUGGCAAUGGUGCGGCCAUCUUCACACAAUCGGGGGCUACGGCGAGGAAAUUCGAGAAUGAGGUCAAUGUGGGUCAAGUUGGCAUCAACGUUCCUAUUCCAGUGCCUCUACCGAUGUUUUCGUGGAGUGGCAAUAAGGGAAGUUUCUUAGGCGACAUCCCCUUCUAUGGCAAGACCGGUUUCGAGUUUUUUACACAACGGAAGAAUAAGGCUUCUGUCGAUAUGCCUACCCAGCAUUGA